UUGUUUCCUUUGGAAAAGCAGUGAAACAUGGUUUUUGGGUGUGCAAUUAUAGUAAAAUAAUCGAUGACAGGGUAGUGUGAUGUGUCCUGACACAGUGCAGAGUUACUGUUACAACCAGUUACCAAAGUUGAUUAUUUAUAUCCAAUAACAGCAUGUCCUGAAGUGUUUUAUUCCUCUUCCACCACAGCAGUCUGCCAAUAAUUACAGUUUCAGCACUGUGGUACAAAUAAAAGUAUUAUGUUGUCAUUUGUACAUUUAUCUUUGUGACAAAGACCAGAUAAAGCAUAUUUCCAUUACAAAAGAUCAUUAUUAAUAAUAUGUUCAGCAAUAAAAGCUGAGAUGUUGCCUUGUUUUGUUUGACGAAUGCGUUAAAUAAGCAGCUGGCACGUAAGCAGUUACGUCAGUGUGUAGCGUUUCAUCGGCAGCUGCAUGUGUGGUUUGGAGCCUUUACCUGCAGCUAUGUUUAUGUUGAAGGCUGCCACGCCUCGGCUCCACAGCUAGUGUGAAAAUAAACAGUGCUGUAUAUUUCUCAGAGUUUCAAACUUAAAGGUUAUUAUCGGUGAAUUUCCAUGUUGUGUUCAAUAUUAAGUGUAUUGAGUUAAAUAGACUAUCGUCUGUAAGCUUGUUCAUUAGCCUACUUUACAGAUUAAUUCUAGAAAAUUAAGGUUAACAGCCAUAUUAGGGCUUGAGAUCAGUAUUCUUACUGCUGAACACUGCUGGUUAGUUCUGAAAGCAUUUGAUCAGGGCUGAAAAUCUGUAAACAAUUUAUUCAUUACCAGAGACCUUAGAGGCCUCAACAUAAAUGGAUUAAAACAGCAGUUUUGUAUUCUUGGCCAAUUUACUGAUAGCUUUCUUGCAUUUACUUUACAUUUCAGCUGUUUUAUAUCUGUGUUGGAUGUUUUUAGCAGGGGUUAAGUUUUUCUAUUUUAUAUCUGCAUAUAUUUUUCUGAUGCUUUCUCUCUCCCUCUCUUUAAAUAUCUCUCAUUUCCAUUCUCAAGGUGUCUGUCUUUUUGCUAGUUUCUGAUCUUUCUGUCUUCCUGAGUCUCUCUCUCUUUCUUUCUGUCUUUCUCUCUGUCUUCUUGAGUGUCUCUCUCUGAAACUCUCUUUCUGUAUAAUAUAUUAGAAAAAAGAAAAUGUUUUAAUGUAAUUUUUUUAAUGUUGCUUGGUGCCAGAACAAACACACCAUGAGGGAAAGCCAAGCGUGUGAUUUGUUGUCUCUGUGCUGGUACAGUUGCCAACCUGCAUAGGUGCUCUUGCAGAGCAAAACUCCUAGGCAACUGUGAGUACAGUCAGGAAUAGCAAAGGAAAAUUUACAAAAUCACACAACUGGAUUCAACAAAAGGGCACUGUGUAAGUUUUAUAGAAAGGAUUUCUAAAUGGACAACUUAAAGCACCAAAAGGAAAAACUGCAAGUUUGAGAGGGGAGGAGAAGACAACCAAGGUGACGGGUAGCGUGUUGGUGUAAAAAUUGUGUGAAUGUAAGGAAUUUUAUAACAAGUUGUAUAAAGAUUAGAUUUGUUAUUAAUAAUAAUGUUAGCAUUAUUAUGAGUUCACGCUGUUUAAUCUAGCUUAGACUUUUCUGCAACUAGCCUUUACUCUAAUCGUGACUAUGCGAUUGGAGACAAGUGAAUGUCCUAAAACUAUAAUACCACUUAUUCUUUUCCGAUACCGAUACUGAAACCUUUGAGUAUCUUGAUAUUGUUUUCUUUUAAAACUACUAAGCUUUAAUUUUUUUUAAGUGAAUCAUUUCACAGUUAAACCCUCUUCCACACAAAAAUCACUUGCAUUGUAAAUAUAAUAAAGUAUAAAGUAUACAUAUAAUACAAAUCAAUUCUAAGAAACCAAAAAACUGUGAUGUCUUUAUCUGUAAGUACCAAUUUCCAGUAUGAAAAACAUUUUUUUUCCCCCAAUCCAAUCUUUGCUAUUUGUUACAGGAUUUGAUAUCUGAUACGUUUUCUCCAAUAUCCAAACCACCAUUUUUUGCUGGAAUUGGCCCAGUACUAAGUAUCAGUUUGAUUACUGAUUAUUAAUGGUUAUUUUUCUGCACUGAAAUUUUGCCAUUGGUCCAUGUUGUUGUCCUUUUAAUUGCUCCUGUUAAGGGUCGCCACACUGGAUCCUUGGUCCUCCUGUUUGAUUUGGCAGAGGUUUUACGCCCAAUGCCCUUCCUGACGCAAUCCUCCCGGGCUUGGGACCGGCACUGAGAGUACACCCUCAGUGGCUGGGUUGGUUCUCUGCCCAGGAAUCGUACCGAGGCCACAGGGAUUAUGGCACACCUAAAAGGCAUCACCCUGAUUCUGAUCUGCAUCUGCAUUAUGCAGCACUUCCUACAGGCGAAUGCUCAGGCGAAGAAGGGAAGAGGAAGGCAAAAGCAGCACAACCUGUCUCCAAAGCCAACAAUACCUCUGCGUAAUCAUAAGAAGAGUGGCUCGAAAGAUGCAAAUGACGACGGCACGUUAGUCAAAGGCAGGAUUGAGAAUAAAGAUGGGACGCAGUGCACAUGGGCAGCCACAGAAAGCGGUGUUGAGGGUGAUGGUGCAUUUGUCUUGAGCAUCACCUGCAAAAACGGCACUGAAAAGAGUCUCCAGUGCGAGUACACAGCUAAACCCAGGUUGUGUCCUAAGUACACAUCCAGUGUUGAUGAAUUCUGGAAGCAGAUCAGCCGCUCGCUCAAGAAGCAGAAGAAGUUAUGCCGUGAUUCCAAAGCUCUGCUGAAGGCCAGAAUGUGCAGAAAAGCACCUAGGGAUGCACACUUUGCUCUCAAAACCACGCCAAAGGUCCAUCCGACACCUGAGAGGAAGAACAAGCCGUGCCCAAACCUUACUAAUAGACAAAAAUUGGCUGAAGAAUAUUGCAGCAGCUCCUGGUCUUCAGUCUGUACCUUCUUCUUUGCUAUGGUUGAGACUGAAGAUUGCUGAAUGAGACACGGCUAGACAUGGCUGCUACAUUUAUCUCUUAACACUACACGGUUGAAGUCAAAUCAGAACUUCGUUUUUUUUUUUAAAUGAGAUUGUCACUGUGUCUGAAACCCUACUCACAAUUUCCUACACUGAAGAAUUCAAAGAACUAUGCUAUAUAGCCAAAAGUAAGGGAACACCUGAGCAUCACACCCAUAUGUAGUUCUUCCCCAAACUGUUGCCACAAAUUUUGGAAGCACACAACUGUAUAGGAUGUCUUUGUAUGCUGUAGUAUUACAAUUCCCCUGCACUGGAACUAAGAGGCCCAAAUUUGUUCCAGCAAGACAGUGCCCCUGUACACAAAGGGGGGCUCCGUGAAGACAUGGUUUGCUAAGGUUGGAGUGGAAGAACUCAAGUGGCCUUCACAUAUCCCUGACCUCAACCCCACUGAACACCUUUGGGAUGAACUGGAAUGCUGACUGCACCCCAGGCCUCCUCGCCUGACAUCAGUACCUGACCUCACUAACGCUCUUGUGGCUGAAUGGACAAUGGGCGAGCCUUCCCAGAAGAAUGGAGAUUACUAUAUCAGUAAAAGAGGGACUAAAUCUGGAAUUGGAUGUUCAACAAGCACAUGUAGGUGUGACUGGUCAGAUGUCCUCAAACAUUUGGCCAUAUAGUGUAUGAAGCACACUAAUAACAAUGAUGUAAUUCAUGAUUCAAAAGAAAUUUUAUAAACUAUACAAACCAAUCAAUUUUAUGUGUCUGUAAACACAACCUACUCUCUAAACUGUGCAGUGUAUUAUGGAUUUUCUGAUUAACUUCACGUAUCGUAGUGUAAAGAUUUGCUGGCUCCCAAAGUUAGGGCACUGUAUAAUCAACAUGGGCUGAUUCUGGACACAAUUACAUUUUUAAAAUAUUUUUGGUCAUAUAAAUUAUUUUUUCUCUUGGUGUAGCUAGACAGGCUAGUUAUCUAAAAAAAAAAAUUCUAGCUAGCUAGCUAGGUACAAAGAAGCCAAAUUAAACCUGUAUUUAUCUGAUGUUUAUAAAAUAAUGAACCUGUUGCAGAUAGAAAGGCUAAAAGUUGAAGCUAAUUAGUUGGCUAGCAAAUAUUCUAGCUUUCUAGCUACUGAACUAAAAAGAGAUAGAGAGGUAGAGAGUAAAAAAGGCCAUCAUGUUAAAGUUCAGUGCUAAAUGGCCCUAGAAAAGGUAUUUUAUCCUUCAGGCGCUUAACUGGGUGUAGGACUCAGCGUGUUAAGACCAGACAUAAAGCUGAAAUGUAUCCUCCCUACUUAACUGUCAUAAAUCUGCUUAACCCUGAUCAGGCAGAUUUUGUCAUUUUGAUAUUGUAAUAUUUUUGGUUCGGCUCUGUAUACGCUUAAGAAAAAAGCAGCUCUUUAAAAAAGGUUAUAUUAAGGACCACUGAAAGUUCUUAUUUUUUAAAAAAAAUAAAUUUAGAUCCCUUGAGGCUUCUUUGGCUUUUCCCUCUGAGGGAAUUCUUUAAACUUUAAAUGUAAACAGUAAUGUUACUUUUCAAAUAAUCACAUGUUCAAUAACACUUUUUGUGUGUUAACAUGAUUAUAACACAUUUUGUGUUAAGUAUAAACUGCAAUCUUUGUCUCAUCCACACUUGAUAUUUGACCGUCUUUUACAAACACACACAUUUAGCACCGGAGUGUGUUUUGAAAUGAGAUAACCUUAAAGAGCGAGUGAAAUGUGAUUGCUUGGUUCAUGUCAUUAAUUCCUGUUCAGUAUACCUGUCCCAAAAUCGAAUGUCUUUAAAUUCACAUGAAUUUGGCUGCAUUGCUUUAAUCAGCUACACACACUAUGCGUACAAGCUUUGAUCGAGUCCAUUCAACUAUUUUUUUAUUCAUUCAAUAACCACACACAUGUUUCUAGAGGCACCAUAGUGAUAAGGUAUAAAAUAUCACAAAGCUCCCACGUCACAUGAUUCAACCACUUCCUUUUUAAAUCGGCUUUGUUGUGUUUUAUAGGUCACUCAUUGAAUCAAACCAAAAACCUUCAGACGCUCCCUGUUUAAUAAAACAGCAAGUCGUGUAGAUUAUAAUGGAGAAACAAAAUCUGAUAGCAGUGUGUGGAGGAUGCAUUCAUCUGACCAGCUUUCAUAUUUUACGUCAAAAGUUAUAUUCAUGAAAAGUGCGUAAAAGUAUCUUUUGCCAUGUCCACUGAUGAGCUUCAAACUAGAAAGUGGAAUUGAAUGUAAUGAACACAGAUGAGCUGAGUGAUACACACAGUGAAACGUCCUAGUGCGGUUAUAAUAAAUAUAAGCACUCUUGGAACACCACUCAACCAAUCAAAUUAGUGGACCUGAAAUAACUGUUGUAUAGCGUUAAAUAAAGGAUGUGUCCAAAACCCAGUUUUUUAAAAAUCUUUCUCAUACCAGCAUGAUUAAAAAUCAAACUGAAGACCUA